AUGAUUUCUGAAUAUUAUCACCCAACAUUUGUCUUUCACGCUGCAGGUAUCUUAAUUGAUAAAGCUUAUAAAACAUUAACUAAAUCUGACAUUGAACAAGUUUAUUUUGCCAAGUACAAAACAUGCGUCAAUUUACAUAAGAUUCUUGAUAUGGCUCAAGUUUCAAAUGACGUAAAACUGUUUGUUUGUUUCAGUUCAAUUUCAGGUUUGCUAGGGAACUAUGGUCAAGCUAACUAUGCGGCAGCUAAUGCAGCUCUCGAUAAAUUUGCCUAUUGGAGAGAGCGUCGUUAUAAAAAUAAAACUAUGUCAAUACAAUGGGGUCCAUGGCGUGAGCAAGGUAUGGCCUCAAAAUUAUCAAUUGAUACAGUUAGUAUGGGUCUAUACGGGUUAAGUAACGAUCUUGGUUUUUCAGUGUUAUACGAUCUAAUGAUGAAAAAACUUAAUUCUGCAGAUGAUGAUAUUGGUUCUGUUGUCUGUGUCCAACAAUUUAAAUGGAAUGUAUUUUUAGAAAGGUACAUUAAAAAACCUUUUUUUUUCGAUGAAAUCUCAAUUAAUGAAUCUGUGGAAGAAUCAGAAAUGGAUGCUUUUAUUAAAGAAAAAUUGUCCGAAAUGAGUAGGGAAGAACGAUUAGAAUACAUUAAAUCACUAGUUUUAUCCACUGCUAGUAAUGUAUUGGACUAUAAUGAUGUACCAGAUCUGGAUACUCCUUUACAAGAACUUGGCAUUUCAUCAUUAGGAGCUGUUGAGUUCAGAAAUGCUCUACAAAAAAAACUUGGUGUUAGAUUGUCUAUUUCUGCCAUGUUUGAUUAUCCAACUUUAAGAAGUCUUCAAGGUUAUUUAAUUGAACAAGUUGAAGAAAAGAUAGCAGGAACCCAAGCUCAAAUAAAAGUUCAACUUCCAACAUUUAAUACAACUGAUAAAAAUAAUGAAGUUGUUAUUACAUCACUAGCUUGCAGAUUUCCCAAUUAUUGCAGAAAUGGAACUGAUUUCUGGAAUAUGCUUAGUAAAAAUGUAAACUGUAUUGUCGAUAUUCCCUAUACUCGAUGGAAGUCAGAAAUAUUAUUAUCAGGUGAUAAUACCGAAAAGGGAAAGUAUUAUGUUGAUAAAGGAGCUUUUAUGACGAGAAUUGAAGAAUUUGAUAACAAAUUCUUUAAUAUUAGUGAGACAGAAGUUUACUGUUUAGACCCGCAACAAAGAAUACUAUUAGAAGUUUCUUAUGAGGCUUUAAAGAAUGUUUCAUUUGAAAAAUCAUCGUUGACGGGAUCUUCUACUGGAGUAUAUAUAGGAUGCUGUAAUAAUGAUUGGCAUUUCUUGGACACGGCUAAAGCUGGAGAUAAUAUCACAUCAUUUAGUUCUAGUGGUGGGGCUUCUUCUUUACUUUCAAACAGAAUUUCUUAUGCAUUUGGAUUAGGCGGCCCAUCUUUCACUGUAGAUACAGCUUGUUCAAGUUCUUUAGUUGCACUUGAUAGUGCAAAUCAUUCAAUUAAAUCUGGAAUUUGCGAUUUAGCUAUAGUAGGUGGUAUUAAUCUUAUUCUUACCCCCCAUUUAUAUAUUUUGUUUUGCAAGAGUCGAAUGUUAUCACCAGAUGGAUAUUGUUAUACAUUUGAUUCUCGUGCUAAUGGUUAUGUUAGAGGAGAAGGAUGUGGUGUAGUUUUAUUAUCUACCAGAGCUUACGCAAAGGAGAACAAUCUGCCAGUAUAUGCAACUAUUAAAGGCAGUGCCGUAAAUCAUAAUGGUAAAAGUGUGAGUAUAACAGCUCCUAAUGGUAAAGCACAACAAUCUGUUAUUUUGACAGCUUUAUCAAUGUCCCAAUAUGCUGCUUCAGAUAUUGAUUAUAUAGAAGCUCACGGUACUGGUACGAGUUUAGGAGACCCAAUUGAAUUUAACUCUCUUAAAGAAGUUUUCAAAGGUGAUAGAAAAUCACCUUUAUACAUUGGGGCUUUGAAAACAAAUAUUGGACAUCUUGAAGGAGCAGCUGGAAUCGCUGGACUAAUAAAAGCAAUAUAUGUUUUACAAAAUAAAUUGAUCCCGAGAAAUCUUAACUUCCAAUCAUUAAAUACUUACAUAGAAGAAUUAGACGCUUUUGAUUAUGUUUUGCCUUCGAACGAGAAUCUAAGAUUACCAGACAAACAAAAACUCAUCGCUGGAAUAAGUUCAUUUGGAUUUGGUGGAACUAAUGCUCAUGUUAUAAUUGAUGUAGAUAAAAGUACGAAAUUCAUCUCAAUAUUACAAGGUGAAUCUAUGAGUAAUCCUACUGAAAAAAAUAUAGUAUUUAUGUUUACUGGACAAGGUUCACAGAAAUAUUACAUGGGAAAACAACUAUAUACUAAUGGCUGCGAAGCGACUAAGAAUAUUUUCCAAUACUCACAGACUUUAUUAAAAGAGUUUGAAGAAUAUAAAGAUCUAGAUUUGUACGAAGUUAUGUUUAACAAGUCAGAAUUAAUUAAUAAAACGAUGUAUUCUCAAAUACUAAUUUUCAUUUAUGAGCUUGCAUUGGUAACAGAACUUAAACAUAGAGGAAUAAACCCUACUAUCGUUGUUGGUCAUUCGUUAGGUGAAUAUUGUGCUUCCUGUGCAAUUGGAUUAAUAUCAUUUGAAGAUGCUUUCAAAAUGGUAGCAUUUCGAGCGAUAACAAUGUCUAAACUCAGUACUCAAAACGGAGCUAUGUAUGCAGUAAGAGCUACGGAAAAUACUUUGUUACCAUCGCUUAAUAAUUGUAAGACAGUUUCGAUUGCAGCUUACAAUGGUACCAAAUCAUUAGUAUUAUCUGGUGAUGAAACGGAGAUACUAGACAUCAUUAAAAAAUUAAACUUACAAAGUCAAAGACUUAAUGUUAGCAAUGCCUUCCAUUCGAAGCUAAUGAAUGAUAAUGUGCCCUUAUUAAAAAAUUUCAUUACGAUUAAUACAAAGUUCAAUGAUAACAUAUCUUGCAAGUUUGUAAGUACCGUAACUGGUGAAGAAGUUAAUUUGCAAACUAUAUCUCAACCAUCUUAUUGGGCUGAGCAUAUAAUUAAGCCUGUAAAAUUCAUUCAGGCAAUUAAUUAUAUUUUAAAUAAUGAAUACGACUGUGUGUUCAUUGAAAUUGGGCCUUCUGCAAUGCUGUCUAAUUUAGUUUUAACAAAAUCUAAGGAGUUGGAUCACGAAAAUCAAGCUCUAAGUUCAGCUGAUCAAGAAAACAUUAAACCUCAAAAUCAGCAGAAGAUUUUUUCUCUGCAGAAUAGAGAAGGUGAUGAUGAUGAAAUUAAAAAUUUGAAAAAAAUUAAAGCUGAGCUCAGAUAUGAUAUUGAAGUUAAUUGGAAUCAUAAGUCCUAUUAUUGGUAUGAUUGUUCUCAUCCUUUGGUUGGCUUAGUAAAAUCAGGGAUGAGCAAGAAAUUCAAUAAUAUAGUAAAUCAGAAGACAGUUGAUUACUUUAAUGACCACGUUGUAAAUAAGAUGCCUUUAGUUCCUGGAGCAGCUAUAAUUGAUGUUUUCGCGGUAUUAAAUAUACGUCAUUUGAACGAAAACUUUUAUACUGAUCCAUUGCGACAGGAUUCUUAUUGGUCGAAAAUUAAUUCAAUAAUCCUGGAACAACCUAUAGUAUUACCUGGAAGCAAAAAUGAACAAUUAGACAUACAAGUACAAAUGUCUAAUAACAAUAUUUUCAAUAUUUUUUCAACUACUUACGGCCAUGAUUUCGUUUUAAACGCCAGAGCUGCUGACUUUUCGCGAAUCUCUAAAAUAGAACUAAAGGAUUAUCUUCAAGAGAAGAAAAAUCAAUUUUCAAACUACAUGGAGCUAUAUAAUAAUAAAGAUAAAGUAACAGUGAAUACUGACACUUUAUACGAGUUUUUAUCAUCCAUUCGAUUAGAAUAUGGAACUAAUUUCCGAACUAUUAAAUCAUUAAUUCAUUGUGGGUAUGAAUCCAUCGCUCAAUUAUCGUUUAAUGCUGAAAAUUUAAUUAAUGACUCAACAAUAUUUAACUUCAAAUUAUUACCAGGAAUUGUUGAUGGAGCAUUCCAAGCUUUAGCGUCUUGUUUAGCUCGAUCCGGAUACAGAAAUGCAAUGGUACCAGUAAAAUUUGAGAAUAUAUUGUCCAAUUCAAUUUCACCAUGUCUGUUGUAUUACAGUUACUCUAAAAUCAUUGAAAAAUCUAAAAAAUCUGUUGUCGCUUAUAUUUCUAUUUACGAUAAAGAUGGUAAUUUGUGUCUAGAAAUAGAAAGAUUAACUUUACAAGCAAUUCGAAUUAACCAUAAUAUUAUUCCUAUUGAUAUAUUCUGGACAGAAAAUUACCAAAAACUAACUAGUUUCAGUCAAUCAGAAGGUAUUUCUUUUACAGAAAACUUCACCGAAAUAGAAAAUAAUAGUUCCAAUAUUCAACACACAGAAACAGAUUUAGUUACAAAUAACAAUAUGAGUUCAGCAAUAAAUCAAGAUAAUCUAAAUGUAUUAGUUCUUAGUUCAAACAAUUCUGAAAACAACAUUAACGUUAAUGAAAUAAAUAAGUCAUGGAAAUGUAGUUUUAGAUUAAUACCCAAAAAUGAUAUUGAAGCAGAUAUAUUACUACGAGAAAAAUCUUGGGAUAUCAUUAUGCUUCUAGAUGGUUUGGAUCAAAUAGACAACUCUUUAGACUACUUAGAAAAUUUGUUAACUGUUACUAAAGCAUAUAGCCGGCAAAAUCAAAACAGUUCCAAUAAAUCAGCUCUACCUUAUUUACUAAUUUUGUUUACUAACAAAGACAAUGAAAACUUACAUCUUAGUCAUGAUAAUACAGGAGCUCUUGGAUUUAUAAGAUCUGCAAGAGUAGAGUUGGAUAAUAUUAUUAAUUCUAAGCCAAAAAUCAAAUUUAUAAACCUAGAUCUAUUUUCUACUUUGUGUUUAGAAGAUCAAUUGUCUAAAAUAUUGUUAAGAAACGAUUUUGACAUAGAAGAUGAUUUUAUUUGGCAGUUUAACGACUUAUUUACAAUUAAAUUAAAUAAAAAGACGAUUCCUUAUCCUGCAGGCUAUUACAAUCUUGAAUUGGACUUGAAUGAAAAUAAGCAAUUAAUCGUUAAUCCAACUACAUCUUAUUUGCCGAAUGAAAUUCCAUUUAGUGAAAAUACUUAUGUAAUAAGAUCCCUCGGUUUUGUCGCUGAUGGUAAGGAUGAAAUAGUUUCCUUUAUUGAGCAUUCAAAUGAUGUUUCACACAUUUCGACAUUAGCGGUAUUAGGUGUUAUAGUCAAAGUAAAUACACUAAAUAAUUCAGAUUCUAACUUGGGAAGAUGGUGUAUAGUUAACUCUUCAUCCCCUUUUGAACAAUUUUUCAUUCAUUCGGCAAAUGAAGUUAAAUUAAUUGAUAACAACGACGAAAACCAAGAAGUAACAGACUUUUUAGAAUGUUCGAAUAUUGAAUAUAUUAAUUUUGAUUAUGAUUUAUCAACUUUAUUCUACAAGGAAAAAAAGACUUUAUUUUUAUGGCCUAAUUUGACGUGCGAUAUUAAAAAUACUACAAAAUUCGCAAGUUUAAACAACAGAUGCAUUAUUAUUACUGGUGGUCACGGAGCUUUAGGUUUAGAGCUGGCUAAAUUUUUAAUAGAAGAUGGAGUGAGAAUAAUUUAUUUAUUGAGUAGGACUGGCUCUCCUAAAAAUGCGCUUCUAGCAUCUGAAACUUAUACUUAUUUAUCCAAAAUAGAGGCCAAUAUUCAUAACAUAAAGUGCGAUGUUUCUGAUAAAAAACAAAUUGAAACUUUGCUUAAAGAUAUAAUGUCUAAAAAUCACAUUUUGAUGGGUGUUUUCUUAUGUUCUGGUGUUACUGAAGAUUAUCCAUUGGCGAACCAACAAAAAUCUCAUCUAGUUUCAACUUAUAAUUCGAAGGCUUUGCCUGCGUUACAUUUUGAUAAACUAUUAACAGAAUACAAUUUAGAAAAAAACUUAAGAUAUUUUGUUUGCUUCAGUUCGAUUUCAGCUUUAAUUGGUAGCUACAACCAAGUUAAUUACGCUGCUGCAAAUUCGGUUUUGGAUGAUUUAUGUGUAAGAAGAAAAAAUAAUAAUAAACGAGCUUUAUCGAUUCAAUGGGGUCCGUGGUCUGAACAAGGUAUGGCUAAAUCGUUAGUCACUUUAAUAGAAAAAUCUGGAUUGAAAUGUAUUUCUAACGCAGUAGGUAUGAGAAUACUUUACGCUUUACUAAUGUUAAACCACAAUGGCAACACUGAAGUUAAAUUAGUCGUCCAACAGUUCAUUUGGGGUCGCUUUUUCAGAAGAUAUACUUCAACUCCAUCAUUUUAUAACAAUAUUCCAUCGAAUAUGAUUUUGAAUACAGAUUCAACCGAUUUAAUUGAUCUGAAAUCAACUCCAAGAGAAACGUUACUUGCCUUAUUGGCUGAAAUAGCUCAAAAAGUCAGUGGUUCAGACAUAAUACUCACAGCUAAUAUGUCAUUAUUCGAUAUGCAAUUUGAUUCAUUAGGUGCAGUCGAAUUUAGAAAUAAUGUUUUAGAAUUAACUGGAGUUAGAUUAGCUCAAUCUUUAGCGUUUGAGAAUCCAACUCUAAACGAUAUAGUUGACUAUAUUUAUGCGAAUGCAGGUAUUACAAAUACUAAUGCUAAUGCCAAAAUAGAAUCUAGUAAAACUGAAUCAAUAGAUCAAUGGUUGAUCAAUGCUUUGGACCCUGAGUCUGAAAGAUAUUUACUGUACAUUGACAAGUUUAUGGCAGAGUUUUCUUCCUUAAAUGAAAUUAUUCAACAUACAAACUUUGAAGAAAUACUUGUUACAAAACUAAAUGUAGAUAAUGCUAAAGAUCUAAAAAAGCUUUUGAACUAUCAUUCAGAUUAUAAGAAAGCUCAUGAAGCAUUACUUGCUGAUUCUGGAUAUAAUUUAGAUGAUGUCCAUACGUCAGGUCAAAAAGUCCCUCACCCAUUAGAAGAUAAAGCUGAUUUAGAAGCACGAAUUGAUUUCGAUUUAAGCAUCAUUAAACCAAUGACCAACACAAAAGACAUUAAACAUGUGUUUUUAACAGGAGCCACUGGUUUUGUAGGAAGAUGUCAAAUUCACAGUUUGGUAAAUUCAGUUACACAUCCAAAUUUAAAAAUUUAUUGUUUAGUUCGUGCAGAAAACGCUUCUCAUGGGCUUGCUAGAAUAAAAAAAAUGUGUGAAGAAGCCGAUUUAUGGAGAGAUCAUUACGCCGAUUAUAUUGUACCUAUUCCAGGAGAUUUAACAGUCGAAAAAUUUGGAUUAACCGAUAAAGUAUAUCAAGAUCUAGCAAGUAAAAUCGAUUUGAUAUAUCAUACUGGCGGAGACGUUAAUUUGUUAUGUAAUUACAGUAAAAUUCGAAGCGUUAACACUCUAUCAAUUGAGUACAUUAUCGAUUUUGCCACAACUAAGAAAUUAAAACCAGUUAAUUACACGUCGACUCUUGGACAAUAUCCAGAUUUAUUUGCUUUCUUUACAAACGAAUUUUCGGACAGAUAUUUGUAUGAAGAUACGUCUCCUAUAAUCGAAGAAAUGGAAACAUUUUUUCCCCCACAACGCCAAGGAUAUCCUUGGUCUAAGUGGGUAGCUGAAAUGGUAUUGAGAAAAGCAAGAGAAAAAGGAUUACCAGUUUACAUAUAUAGAUUGCCAAACAUGUAUUGUGCUUACAGAACAGGUUACACUAACCGAACUGAUUAUGCUACUGCAUUGAUGAUUAGUUCUAUUUUAGAAGGCAAAUUUCCAGAGAGUUCAGCAUUUGCAGCUCUUACUCCCGUUGAUAUAGUGGCGGACAUGGUUUGCGAAGGUGGAUUAUUAGAUGCGAAUACGCGUAAACACUGGCUUUAUAAUCUUAUCGAUACACGCGUUGUCAAAGAACAGCAAGGUGGAGAAAGUCGUCAGGCGAAUACCCAUUGUAUUAAACCAAAAUCCAGACAUUAA